UGUAGCUAGUCAAUGGUUAAAUUAUUGUAUAUAUGUAUUUUAAAAUUGUAUUAUUAAUUGUAUUAAAAUUGUACCAUUAUAAGUUGAUAUUUUAAUCUUCUAUGAUUUAAUAUUUGCACCAAAAGAAAUUAUGGCUCAAAAGAAAAGAGUACUUAUGAUUUGCUUAGGUAUGUAUUUUUAUUUUACAGGAAAUAUUUGUCGUUCACCAAUAGCUGAAGCAGUUUUUAAUGAUCAAAUAUAUAGAUUAGGUUUGAAUGAAUCAUGGGAAGUAGAAAGUGCAGCGCUUAUAGGAUAUCAUACAGGUAAAAAUCCAGACCAUAGAGCUAUGUCUACACUAAGAGAAAAGGGUAUCACUAACUAUUCUCAUAAAGCACGACCAAUCACAGAAGAUGAUUUUGUUAAGUUUGAUUGGAUAUUUGGAAUGGAUAAUAGUAACAUUCAAGAAUUAAAUAGUAUGAAACCUAAUAAUUGCACUGCUAAAAUUGAACUUCUUGGAAAAUAUGAUCCACAGGGAGAUAUCAUCAUAAGAGAUCCUUAUUAUGAUAGCAAUAGUGCUGGAUUUCAUAAAGCUUAUGAGCAAUGUGUACGAAGUAUAAAAGCUUUUUUGGAACAACAUGAAGGAAACAGCUGUCGUUCUCCAAUAGCAGAAGCAGUAUUUUGGGAGGAAAUAAAACAAUUGAAUCUUCUUGACUAUUGGGAAGUAGAUAGUGCUGCAUUAUUACAAUAUCAUGUGGGUAACGGUCCAGAACCUAGAGCUAUGUCUACGCUUGAGAAAAGAGGCAUUGCAUAUUAUACUCAUAUAGCAAGACAGGUAACAAAACAAGAUUUCUACAAAUUUGACUGGAUAUUUGGAAUGGAUAGUGGUAUAGUUUAUGAUCUUUGUCAAAUGCAACCAAAAGAUAGUCAAGCAAAAAUUGAACUUCUUGGAAAAUAUGAUCCCAAUGGAGAAUUAAAUAUACGAGAUCCAUUAUUUGAUAGUAACAGUACUGGAUUUGAAAAGGCAUUUGAGCAAGCUACAAGAAGCAUAAAAAUAUUUCUAAAACAGCAUAAAGAUACUGCAAGCACAUUAUUAAAGUAAUUGUGAUUGCAUUAUUAUAUACAAUUAAAAAAAAUUGUCUUUAUUCAUUGUCUCUAUGUCAGUUGAUAGAUAUAAAAUAUCAAGAAUAUAAAUUAUUUAACUUUACGCCCACUUACAUAUACUUCAACAAUAUUACGAUCAUCUCCGGAAUAUAUAAAUUUUUGAAGUCGUUCUUCUAAGGUACUGCUUUGCAAAUUAUUCAAAAGUCCAUCACUUAUGUCUAUAUCUAUAACAAGAGCAUCAAAUUCUUUACCAACUUCGAAAUUUCCUAUCUGAUUAUCCAUUGCAAGGGCUAAAAAAAUAUUAGAUUAGAGAUUCAAUUUGAUACAGUAACAAUCUUGAUUUAACUCUAAGAACAUUACCUGCUGCACCUCCUAAAGUUGCCAUGUGAAAUACAUCUUUAUAAUUAAGUGCCUUAUAAUUUUCCUUAAUUAAGGAUAAAUGGAUUGAUACUUGCAAAGCUGAUCUUAUUGCAUCUAAAAUACUACAACUCUGUCCACCUGAUACAUCUACAAGUUAAAAUAUAAAAAUUAUUUUAUCAAAAUGAACUAUAUAUUUAUUAUGUGAUCAUUACAAAAUUAUUAAGUAAAAACAAUAUCUUUAUACCUGUACCAAGACCAA